CAGCGAGCACUUAAAUGCCGCAUGCACACAGAAACUCCGGAUCAGAUGCUACUCGCUUGUGGAAACUUCGAAGAGACUUCACUUAACUUCAGGAUAUAAAACAAACACAAAACAUGAGGUCGUCGACAUCCUGCGCGCUCUUUCUCCUGUUAUCAGUCGUUCUACCGUUGUCUUUUGCGUUAUCAGGCGAAUAUUGUCACGGUUGGACAGAUUCCUUCAACUCUUGGCACCGGGGAUUUCAGUGUCCCGAGCGUUAUGACGGUGAGGACGCGCGGUACUGCUGCGGGACGUGCGCGCUCAGGUACUGCUGUACGUACGCGGAGGCGCGCCUCGAUCAGAGCACCUGCGACACCGGUACCGAGUCCGAAAGCACGGAUAACAUGAGAAAAGUGACCGAAAGUGUACCAACAUAUCUCCCCUUUGUGAUUGUGGUGAGCGCAUUCCUGUCAUUUGUGCUGGUCGGUGCGAUUGUAUCAGUCUGCUGCUGCCAGUGUGUGAAGCCCAAAGCAAGCGAUCGUCCAGUGGGACCCUCCGCUGCUCAGACCAGCCUGCUGGAGUCUGGAGGUCCGUCAGUAGACAACUCCACCCCGUCCCGCACCUCCACGUCUGGCUCCUCCACGACAAACGCUCGUCCUCCUCCAUCAGAGCUCAGCGUGAACCUCUACGGCCCCAUGGCAAACUCAUAUCCAGCUCCUCAGCCCCAGCAAUAUGUUCCUCCACUCUCUCAGGGGGCGCCACAGUUCUAUCAGCCCUACAUGAAUUACGCUCUGCCUCCAGAACGCAGCAUGCUCAUGGCCCCCGCGUUUCUGGACAGCCGGUCAGCAUUCGGACAACCUUUUCCUCAGGCACCCAUGCACACGGAGCCCAUCUAUCCCACUGUCACUAUCUGAUGCCAUUCAUAUACACAUUUUUGGGACUACACAUGGAUUAUGAAUCUCUACUUUAAAUGGCUUCCAAAAAUAUAUUUACCUGCAUACACAAACAAUCAACACUGAUAUUAAUAUGUUGGUCAUAUUAUUGCUUCUCAUAGGAGUGUAUUUGCAUGAACGCUUGAUUGUUUCUUCAGCAAUCACAGAUUGUAAUGUUAUUUAUAAAAGA